GGCAGCAAUGUAGCACAUGAAAGUGCAAGAGCCUAUUUUGCAAUUAACAGAACAAAUUAGAGGAGAAAUGUGACUCCAUCAAAUAAACAGGAGGUCUGCUAUGCAUGCCGAUUACCAAAGAUGCCCUUCAAGUUCCAAGGCCUAUCCAAACGGCUAAAACCCUGACUCACCCUUAGUCUUAGCUGGAAAAACCCCAUAAAACACCUCUCCUGGAGGAGCUGAUCGAUUAUCAAUCCUGAGUCAUCAUCAUCAUGGGAACCCUGGGAAGAGCAGUGUAUACAGUUGGGUUUUGGAUCAGAGAGACGGGUCAAGCCCUCGAUCGCCUUGGCUGCCGUCUCCAAGGAAAUUAUUAUUUCCAAGAACAAUUGUCUAGACACCGUACAUUGAUGAACAUAUUCGAUAAAGCUCCUCUGGUUGAUAAGGAAGCCUUUGUAGCCCCAAGUGCCUCCAUCAUUGGGGAUGUUCAAGUGGGAAGAGGGUCAUCUAUUUGGUAUGGAUGUGUUCUGAGAGGAGAUGUUAACAGCAUCACUGUUGGGUCUGGAACUAAUAUACAGGAUAACUCCCUUGUUCAUGUGGCAAAAUCCAAUCUAAGCGGGAAAGUGCUUCCUACCAUCAUUGGAGAUAAUGUAACUAUUGGUCAUAGUGCUGUUUUACAUGGCUGUACUGUUGAGGAUGAGGCUUUUGUUGGUAUGGGAGCUGCGCUUCUUGAUGGAGCAGUCUUGGAGAAGCAUGCCAUGGUUGCUGCGGGUGCCCUUGUGAGGCAAAACAUGAGGAUCCCCAGUGGACAGGUCUGGGGAGGUAAUCCAGCCAAGGUCCUCAGAAAGCUCAGUGAUGAAGAGAUAGCCUUUAUAUCCCAAUCUGCAACCAAUUACUGCAACCUAGCACAGGUCCAUGCUGCUGAAAAUGCAAAAUCCUUUGAUGAGAUUGAAUUUGAGAAAGUUCUUCGCAAGAAGUAUUCUCGCCGUGACGAGGAGUAUGAUUCAAUGCUAGGAGUUAUUCGUGAAACUCCACCAGAACUCGUUCUUCCAGAUAACAUCUUACCAGAUAAACCACAAAAGGGCACCCAGUAAGAUCUUUUUUUUAGUUUGAUAGUAUGUUUACACCUAUUCGCUUGCCCCUCGAGGCUUCAUGGUCAGUAGAAGCUAUCCUCUGCAAAUAUCUAAUCCGGAAAUGGUCGGUCACCUCCUUCCAGAAUAACACUAUAGACUUCUUUAAGGGUAGAUUCAUGCAUCACGACACUUGCAUCUGAACUUCUGGCUCAGCUAGCUAAUCUUUAUCUCCGGAGAUGCUUUUUUCCUCUCCGGAGAGAAACCAAUGUUGCGGAGCAAUAUGCACGAAUAGCCGCCCUUUGUUGGCUGAUACCCUUUAUUUUACGCAACGUCUAACGUUCUCUUGUUUUCCUUAUUCUUGAAUAUCCUGUAGAGCUAACGUCCCAAUCUUGAGCGACCAAUCUGAUCCUUUUUAAGUUCUGGAGAAGUUUAUCAGACAGUGUGGAUCAGUUAUACUUCGAAAUUACUACUAUCUCUUUUGCUGUAUGUCAAACUGUUUGAUUAGUUCCAGCUCAAACUCAUCUCUUCUUAAUUCUUAACGCCAAAAGAAAAUUAAAAAGACAAAAAAAGGGGGGUUGUAGUGAAUACUUUUUGUGGACCUCAAAUUGCUGCCUGAAAAUUAUUCCAUAUGCUGCUAAAAUGACCCGGCCUGCUAGGCUAUAGCUGUAGCAGGAUCUAAUGGCUAAUCCAUGUGCAUCAGCCUGAGCAUGAUUGGAGAAACAAAUAGCAAGUACUAAUAAACUACUAGUAAUUCUUCUUCUUUCAGAAGUAAAUUAUAAUUAUGUGGAAGGACUGACAUAUUCCCUGUAAUUGUUGCGUAUCCAAAAGUUUGAAUAACAAAAGUGGAAUCUUGAAAAGUGUUGGCCGACUGGAGCAGGAAGAGGCAAAGAAGAUGAGCCAUCCCGGAAAUUCAGCUGCUUUCUGGACUAUAUUAAAAACAAAAGGGCUUGUCCUUUGUCCUCUCAAUCAUUCCAAGCAUGCAUGAUUCGAAUCUUUUUAUUUGUUUGGCUCUCCUGGAUUCUUUGCCAAUUGAACUUGUAUGCGUGGAUUGGACCCCC